GAUCCUAUAAUGUUGGUUAUAGGGGUGCAUGGUUCCGUUGCAAGAUCACCGAUAUGUGUAUCAGGAGCGGUCACAUGGAGUGUCAGGUGGAGUAUAUAGACUAUCCAGAUGAAAGGUUGGGUACUCUUCGAUAUGCAGAGAUCGGAUUCUUCACCUUCAAAAGCUUCAACAUAAGUUGGCCUUCUUGAAGUAUGCUGAACUGUACGUUCUUGUGGCGGUGUUGCACCAAGAUUACAUCCCUUUCUUCAUCGUUGAACAAGUCCUUCUCUUGAUAAAUCUUUUUCAUUGGUAGCAGGGGAACACACCUUUUCUUGUCAUCUCAACCAGCUGAUCGAAUCUGCGGUUAAGAUCUUCAUGCGAUGCUUUCAUUUGCUGUUCUCAGGCAUCUAUUCUCUUCUCCAAUUGCUUUAUUGCUUGUUGUAACUCGCUCUCAAAGAAGAAACCAAGAACUAUUAUGGAUCAACAAGGCUCUAGUACCACCAGAGGCAGCACAAGAUUGUGGAGGAGCAACUCCACCUCGUUGGUACAAAGUGUACAACACAAGUGUUGAAGGCACUACUUCAAUGUCCCGUACUAGAUAUUGCUCUACAUGCAGAAAUAGGAAGGAAAUGGAAUAGACUCUUCAAAAUCCCCCCCAAAUGCCGUAAUCAGAAAGCAAGUCAGAAUAGGGAGAUCAUGCUACGACCUCCUUUUCCUCGGUGGUGUUGGGAGAAUGAUAUUGCUGAGCUUGGGCCACAAACGGAUGUUGUAGCAGUUGUAAGCAGUCCUUGGAAAGUAGGUGACUUGAUUGAUUGGUGGUACACUGAUUGUUUUUGGACUGGGAAAAUUACCGAGUUGAUGAGUGAUGACAAAGUUAAGAUAAUUUGUCCUGAAAUACCAUUAGGUGAAGGUGGAUGUUGGGUUGCCGAUCCCAAAGACCUGAGGCCAGCGCUUGAUUGGUCCCUCGAAAAAGGUUGGAGUGCCCCUCUUUCACAGGAAAACGGCGAAUGCUGGCAUACUGCUCGUUUGAUUGCAGGGAACCAAGAUACAUUAAGUAGCAGCUCUGAUGAGGAGGACAUUGAGCAAUCUUGUGAUGGUAACAAGGUACUACAAAGAUGCUUGAAUGGAUCAUUUGAUUCAUUGGAGCAAGAAAUAAGAAAAUGCCUGAAUGGAGCAUCUGAUACACCAAAGGAGUUGGUCGAUCAAGAUGUAAAACAGCCAGCCAAUAGAAAUGGCAGGUGCUGCCUGGAAAGUCAAACAGACAGUGAAGGGGAACCACAAAAAUGCAUGAAUGAAGAGCCUGGCGUGUCUCUGGAGGCCAUCUGUUCAAAAGUGCAACUCGCUCCCAGUGAAACUGGUGAAUGUUGCAUGAACAGCCAAGCAGACUGUCCGACGUCUCCUGUGGCCAAUUCAGGACAGUCUCCUCAGUUCAUUACCAAUGAGCAAUCAAGUACCCCCAAUUUCAAGAAACUCAAGACCUCAAGUGAGCCUGACGCUUCUCUCGAGGUCACCAAUACAAAAGUGCAACUCGCACCCAAUGAAAAUGGUGAAUGUUGCAUGAACAGCCAAGCAGACUGUCCGACGUCUCCUGUGGCCAAUUCAGGACAGUCUCCUCAGUUCCUUACCGAUGAGCAAUCAAGUCCCCCCAGUUUUAAGAAACUCAAGACCUCAAGUGAGCAUGCAUCAGUUAAGCCUACUGGCACCGUUAGCGAGGCCACGAUGAAACUGCGGGAACUAGUAAACAAAGUCAAGACCUCAAGUGAGCAUGUAUCAGUUAAGCCUACUGGCACCGUGAGCGAGGCCACGAUGAAACUGCAGGAACUAGUAAACAAAAUCAGACGGGCCCAAGAUCUCCUGCAGUCUGUUGACUAUGCUCCAUCAAGCAUAGUGCUGGCACCUUGGAAAUUUCAGGAAAAUAACCCAUGGCAGAAGCGUAACUGAAGUUACGUUUAUUCUGUGCCUGAAGAUAUAUAGCGGUAGUGCAGAUGGACUGAUCCUGACUCGGUUGUCCUGUUCGGACAGGGAGUGAUACCUGACCAUCUGUAGAUAGUGAUUCAGAAAGGCAACUGGUCAUUUCCAGUAUUGUAGCUAGCAGCUGUUGCAUCAUUUCAUCGUACAUAGCUCGGUGGUGUCGUUUGGUCAGUGUCUGUAUGCUCGUGCGCCUAUGAUUGUAAUCUGAUGUGCGCAGGGCCGUCUCAUGUCCAAGAAAGACCAUCUUUCUCUGCAUGAUCAGGUUAAGACACUAGGAACAGUCUAGUUUCUGUUACUGCUAUCUGCAAUUAAAUUUACUGUCAAUAAUCAAGAGUUCUGUUAUUGGUAA